AUGGUUUCCAAAUUAUCAUUGGAGACCUCUGAGGCAGGCCUUGAAUUUUCCUCCCAACCUCGUCCCGGUGUGCCCAUGAGCCCCUUUCCACUCAACAAGUCCAACAAAGGCGAAUCACGUGGUUCUAAAGCAGAAGAUAAAUCAAGCAUAUCUUUUCAAGCAUAUGGAUACGGAUUAGGUGAUGGCAUGGCCGACCUCAAGAUCCCAAUCCACAAGAAAAAGAUCAAUCCAGCAGAGCUUCAAGGGUUUGAUGACGCAUGGAGGUCGAUGAAUGCACCUGUUCCCGUACUCCCAAAUCCACUAAGGGAUAGUCAAAACACCAAACACAACGAGGCCAUGGCUAAGUUUCGAAAUGAGAUCACGUUUUAUUCCAAACUGUCCUUGUGGAUUAACAAAUCCUUCUUACCAGAAUCAUCCAGAGUUGCGGAAGAGGCUGUCAACUACCUUAAGAAUGCCGGAUCAGAUCUUCUUCAAGAAAACCUAUUGCAUGAAAACAAUCCAAUAAUUGCAUGUGGGUGA